AUGCUCACAGUUGCAUGUCUAGACUUCAUGGCCAUUAAUUCAUCCAUUGAAGAGGGGUAUCCACCUGUUUCUGAAACCAAUGUACUAUUUUCCAGAGAAUUCAUUCUUUGUCCCAUCUCUUCAGCAUCGUUUUUGCAUUUCUCUGUCUCUGCUUCCUCUUCCCCCAAAGUAUGGAUGCGAGGGUUAAAAAUUCCGUGUUGCACCCUGAAUCUUAUUAACAUGGUGAAGAGGUUCAAGAAUAGCUUUCAACGAUAUAUUAUACAUCCUUACAAGCUUGGCGAACCUCGUGCUCAAACCAAAUAUUUUGAUUCCCCAGAAAGGUAUUUGCAAACAAUGGAGGUUGUUCCUUUUAGGAGUGGAAAAGGAUUAAAAAUUAGAAUUAAAAAUGCAGUGAGAAGGAAAAUAGCAUGA